AUGCUGCAAUGUACACAAUUGAAAGGAUGUCGAAAAUCGAAAGAAUUGAUGUUAACACUACUCACCAUUAUCUGCUUUUUUGUCAAACUGUACUUCUUUAAGGAAACAAAUCCCCGAAGCAGCAGUCAUUACUACCUUGGUCUGUUCAGGCGAAAUGGGAACCUUCCACUUUUACACCAGAAUUGUGGAAAACCUUCCACCAAGAGGUAUAAUUUUGGAAGAGGUACACACAGAUAUGACCAUGGCAGUGUCCACCAGAGUAACAAAAAGAAGGUCACCCUCUUUGUGACUCGGUUAACCCCAACCGGUGGUACCAAAGAUGGAAAACAGAGGAGAAGCAUCACUAAGGGAUUCCCACGUCUCUCCCGUUUGAAGGUAAGCAGCGGGGAGGACCAAGGUGGUUCAACUGGAGCAUCGACCCAUGGCGUAGACGUAAACGGGGGAGCCGGCAACGGAGAAAGCGACAACCGGGAAAGCGGCAAUGGGGAAGACGGCAAUAGGAAGAGCGACCCUCCACCCGAUGACCAAUCACAAAUCGUUGGCAACAGAAAAAAAAAAAAGGUAAACUUCAAAUUUACCUCGUGGAAUAACACCAACGAAAUGAGCAGCUUUGACCUCGAGAAGUAUAGCAAGCACAACGAAUCAGUAAGUAGUGAAAAUUUCUCUCCAGAUUUUCAGUCCGCCUACUACUCCGCGAAAAGUACGUCGGAAAAACCCAGUGCCAGUCACUCCAAUAUAGUAAUCAAUCAGGAGUUAGUCAAUGCCUUAUCCGUUGAAGAUCUCUUUGACGUCCUAGACAAGCACAGUGAAAGCGCCAAAACGGAUGCGGAAAAGAGAAAAGUCUUUAACGAAGUCAACAUCGUGACGGCUUAUCACCGUAUAGCCAAACAUGUGAAAAAUAAAAAUUACCGCUGGAGGGGAGAAGGCAAGGGGAAACAAGAAGCGGCAGCGAGUAGCGACUUCGACCCGGUCACCUUCAGCCUCUUCGAGACGUAUUCAACACUGGGGGGAUGGCAGUCCAGCGGCGAGCUGCCAAGUGGGGAGCAGUCCAGCGGGGAGCAGCACAGCAGCGUAUUGCCAACGGAGCACCCCUCAACGGAGCUUCCCCAAACGAACGAGCACGCACAGCGCGAAGAGGACCGCCCCCCCUGUAACAACCACGCAAAUCUGCUCACCAGACGCACCUACCGCAGCGUAUACACACUGAUGAAGGAGACUCUACUCACCAACGCGCCCGUAAUCCCAAAGCACGUGGCGAACAUCGCAUGGGCGUCAGCCAUUCUGUCCAAUCGAGAAGUGCACCUAUGGAAGAAUAUAAAAAAAAGAUUUUUCGAAAGUGCCAACAAUUUCAAGGCACAGGAAAUCUCCAUCAUCCUCUGGUCCUUCAGUGCAAUCAAAUUCGAGCUGAUCACCACGAAGGAGGAGUUUAUCUCUGUGCAGAAGUGCUUGUCCAGAUAUUUGAAGGAGCACAAAUUUAAGGCCCAAGAGUUUAGCAACGUCAUUUGGGCCAUCGCAACAUCCAGCUGUUGUAACUACGACCUGUUAAUAAGCCUCUACAAUUAUGCCCUAGACAUAUUUGAUUCUCUUCUUCUGAAAGAUAUAGCCACGGUUUUGUAUAGUCUCUCUAUUUUUGCAGCCGAUUCUGCUAAUAAGGACAUUCUCCAUGUCAUCAGGGAGAACCACCUCACGAAGUUUGGCCUAGAGGAAGACUACCUAACGAUUAGUAAACUUAACGAAGAUCUCACAAAUGAAUCGAAAAACACAUUCGGAAAAAACUUCACCUAUUUUGAACUAAGCAGUGGGGACCCAAAUUCGGAUAUCACCACUGACAGUUUAGUGACGGAGAAGAACACAGCUAGCGAUAAAAAAUAUGCGGCUUUUCUCCUGUUUGAAAAAUUUCUGCUAUACUCUCUGGAGAGGAUUGCAAAGGAGAAGGACAAAAUGACUAUGCGGACAUGGUCCAGCAUUUUCUGGCCCUGCGCGAAUGUCGGCUUGGGUCUCUACAGGGACGUGCCCGCGCAGCAUGGGUUGCGCUACUACGGGUGUGCUGGCCAGGGGAAUAGUGUCCAUGAAAGUAGUCAGCAGGGAAGCAGUCUGCAGGGAAACGGUGGCAACGUCACGCCCGAGGAAGCCGCUCCGCCCGCCAACUGCAAGCCGUAUGUACACAUCAUCAACGGGGAGUAUGUCUUCCCCCUCAUGGAAGAGAAGCCACACCGGGAGGUAUCUACCGCGCUGAACCAGAAAGAAAUGGCGGACCUUGGAAUAGAUGUCCCUCUAGACAUAUACAAUAGGAAGGAGAACAAAGUGGGUCAUUCCUCCACAUAUAAGACUCACGUGAAGACAUGGGAUGGUAAUCAUUUAGAGGGGACAAACGGGAAAGAAGUAGGAAGAAGGGACACGGUGGAGGUCAACCGAUUAGAGGAAACGCACAAUGGGGAGAAGUCCACUGAUCCGAAUAGCAAUCUCCCUAAGGGCGAUCCAAACGAAACACAACAUGUAGACUUACUAAGCAGCCAAAUGAACAGACCGGCUUGGAAUUCCUCCCCUGGAGGUAGCAAAGGAAGCAGCGUAGGAAAGAACACCACAGAAGAGGAAUCACACCGACAGGGGAGUAACCACAAAGGGGGACAAAUAGACGAGGACAAAUAUGGCAACUUUAUGAAUCACCUAAGUGAAGAAAAAGAAGACGAAAGUCUAUAUAACGACACAAACAGGAGCAUGGCGAUGAUGAAGUUGCUAAGCCUCUUCCAGUCCCAGUUGAAAGAGAAGAGUAUAAAAUGGACUAAGUGUGAAGUUCAAUCGAUUGCCAACAUCCUGUGGAGUCUUUCCAUCUUGAAUCUCUUCCCCAGCAGCAUUUUUGAAAAUGCCCUACACGAAUGUAAUAAGAGAUUUAUAAAAUAUGGGAAAAAAAAAAAUUCAAGCAAAUUGCAAUUUUUCAUCUCACAAAUCCACCAGUCGCAGUUGUAUCAGGCCGCUUUUGCUUACUGCUUAUUUUUAAUGAGGAAAAAUUCAAAGGGAGGUAAACAAAUGGACAAAAGAUAUGAACAGACGGUACCUGCAAAUGAUCAUAUCGAUAAUACUGCGUCGCUGAAGAGAAAGAUACAAGCUACAUUUGACAAACAUUUUAAAGUCUCCCUGAACACGUUAAAUAUAUGGAAAAAACAACUAGCUAGAAAUCAACGAAGAGAAGAGAAAAAUCAAAUUUCUUCAUCUGUACAUAGGAAAAUUUCGAACGAUUUGAGGCACCUUAGUAUUUUUCAUCACAACGAGUAUUUCAUUUUGGACUCCCUCCUCGUGGAUGUUUACUUGCCGCGCUCGAAGGUCGUCAUAGAAAUAGACGGACCCAGUCAUUUCCUCCAAAAGGGGAAACUCAUUCUGUACAACCCCAAUUCGCUGUUCAAGAAGAGACUGCUCAGGGCGCUUGGCUUCUCUGUCAUUUCCAUUUCCAUUAGCCACCACACCUUCAUGUUCAGCGCCCUGAAUACGUUCAAUUUUGUGAAGAAGUUCCUGAGCAGCGUGAACUUUGGCAGAGUAGCUUAG